AUGGGUAAAGGUACUCCAUCUUUAGGUAAACGUCACAACAAAUCCCACGUUUUAUGUCACAGAUGUGGUAAUCGUUCAUUACAUGCUCAAACUAAAGUUUGUGCUUCUUGUGGUUACCCAUCUGCUAAAAUCAGAUCUCAUAACUGGGCUCAAAAAGCUAAAAGAAGAAGAACUACUGGUACCGGUAGAAUGGCUCACUUAAAACACGUUCCAAGAAGAUUCAAAAACAACUUCCAAACUGGUGUUGCUAAAAAAUCAUCUGCUUAAAU